CUUCAUGCGAGUAGUAAUCCUCGUGUUUCGUACCUUCACUCACUCCCACCUCCCCCACGUGUCUCAACCUCCUCCUCCACCUCCCUCCCUCCUCCGUCUCCCCACCGUCGCCGUCGUCUGAUCAUCAUUACCUCCCUUUUUAAAAAACUCUGUUUUUAAUCUUCGAAGUGCUCUGUUUUUAAUCUUCAAAGUGCUCUGUUUUUUUCAUCACCGAGACGAUGAAACUCUCCGACGUUAGAUUAGACAUAGUAAAAACGCCGAGAUUGGUUAAAGUCAUCGCCUUUGCUCUCAUCUCAAUCACAACCAUCUUCCUCUUCAACCACUUCUCUGAUUCCUUCUCUUACCCUUCUCUCCUCUCCUCCGAAACUCUUCAAACCAACGUCUCCGCCGUCUCUCCAUCUCCUCCGUCGCGUCCUCGUCUCAAGAUCUCACCUCCACCUCUCCCACCGACGGUGGUCCGGACGGGAAUCAUCGACGAGAAUGGCGCCAUGUCGGACACCUUCGAGAUCGGAGUGUUUGAUCCCGACACCAUCGAUGAGAUCAAGACCGGAAACUCCUCGUCCGGAGACGGCUCGGAAGUUCCGUUUCGGGUUGAGAAGUUUAGUGUGUGUGAUAAGAGGAAGACGGAUCACAUUCCGUGUUUAGACAAUGAAGAAGAGAUCAAGAAGUUGAAUGGUACAGACAGAGGAGAGAAUUUUGAGAGGCAUUGUCCUAAGGAGAGACUUGGUUGUUUGGUUCCGAAACCAGAUGGGUAUAAGAAACCAAUCCCAUGGCCACAGAGCAGAGACAAGAUAUGGUUCAACAAUGUGCCUCAUACACGCUUAGUUGAAGAUAAAGGAGGUCAAAAUUGGAUAAGAAGAGAGAAAGACAAGUUUGUUUUUCCAGGAGGUGGAACUCAGUUCAUACAUGGAGCUGAUCAGUACUUAGACCAGAUCUCUCAGAUGAUUCCCGGCAUUACAUUUGGAGAACGCACUCGUGUUGCAUUGGACAUUGGCUGUGGCGUAGCGAGCUUUGGUGCAUUUUUGAUGCAGCGCAACACGACAACGUUGUCUGUAGCACCUAAAGAUGUACAUGAGAAUCAGAUACAGUUUGCUUUGGAGCGUGGUGUCCCUGCAAUGGUGGCUGUCUUUGCUACACGGAGGUUGUUGUAUCCAAGCCAAGCUUUUGAGAUGAUCCAUUGUUCAAGAUGCAGGAUUAAUUGGACCAGAGAUGAUGGGAUACUUCUUCUUGAAGCUAAUAGAAUGCUUAGAGCAGGAGGGUACUUUGUUUGGGCUGCACAACCUGUUUACAAACAUGAGGAUAACUUGCAAGAACAGUGGAAAGAAAUGGUAGAUCUUACGAACCGAAUCUGUUGGGAGCUUAUCAAGAAAGAAGGGUACAUUGCUGUGUGGAGGAAGCCUCUAAACAAUAGCUGCUAUAACAACCGUGAAGCUGGAGCCAAGCCUCCUUUGUGCAGACCUGAUGAUAAUCCUGAUGAUGUUUGGUAUGUGGAUAUGAAACCAUGCAUCACUAGAUUACCUGAAAAUGGCUACGGGGCUAAUGUCUCUACAUGGCCUGCACGUCUUCAUGAUCCACCAGAGAGGCUGCAGAGUAUUCAAAUGGAUGCUUAUAUAUCACGGAAGGAAAUUAUGAAGGCAGAGUCUAGAUUUUGGUUUGAAGUGGUAGAGAGUUAUGUGAGAGUUUUUCGAUGGAAGGAGUUUAAGUUCAGGAAUGUUCUUGACAUGAAAGCUGGCUUUGGAGGGUUUGCAGCAGCAUUAAACGAUCUAGGGAUUGACUGUUGGGUUAUGAAUGUUGUUCCAGUAAGUGGAUUCAACACGUUGCCAGUUAUCUAUGACCGGGGGCUUGUAGGGACUAUGCAUGACUGGUGUGAGCCGUUUGACACGUAUCCAAGAACAUAUGACUUAAUUCAUGCUGCAUUUCUCUUGUCUAAUGAGAAGAAGAGGUGCAACAUAACAAACAUAAUGGUGGAGAUGGAUAGGAUGUUAAGACCAGGAGGAAAGGUUUACAUAAGGGACUCACUGUCUUUGAUGGACCAACUUCAACAAAUAGCUACAGCCAUUGGUUGGAGAGCUGGUAUUCAUGAUACAGGAGAAGGACCACACGCAAGUGUUAGGAUACUAAUUUGCGAUAAAGGUGGGAUUUGAGAAAAGGAUACAAACAAAAUCCUUAAUUGGAUGAUAAGUCUGCUCAAAGCGACAAGUAGUAGUAGUUUUACUGACCGAUGAUGAUUGCUAUGUUGUUUUUCUUUCUUUGUAUAAUACACUUGAGCACAUUUUAACACUAAAAAGAAAGUUGAGAAACAAAGAUUU